AUGACAAGAUUCACAGAGACUUUACUGGCAAUCUUCACUGUGACUGCAAUCUACAGCAGUCUGUUUGUUGGUGUGAUACCUACCCCCAAGACCUUCCACGACGAGGUGUUGCCGGUGCUCCCAUUCUGGGCCUUGGUGGCCUUUGGAGCCUAUGCUCUGGGUACUCUUGGAUGGGGUGUCUUCACGUUUAUUGAUAAGGAGGAUAAAUACAAAGAGCUGUUAGAGGAAAUCAAAGAGGCCAAAACGUUCUCGAAGAAGAACGGGGUUGAUGUCGAAUAG